AUGGCUAUCUCCACUCAUCAAGCUCAACCGGUUACGUUGAGCCUACAGGAGCUUACUGAAGGUUCUGUGUCAUUUGAGGCACUGGCGGAGGCCUUUGGUCCUUCGUCCCUGGGAAUUAUCGUUGUUAAAGAUCUCCCUGAGAGGUUCAAGGACCUUAGAGCUCAAGUUCUAUCUAAUUCAUCGUAUUUGGCAUCAUUGCCUGCGGAUGAACUAGAAUCCCUCACUUGCGCCGAGGCAAAGUACUUGGUAGGAUGGUCAUGCGGGAAAGAAACCCUUCGAUCAGGGCAUUUCGAUACUUUGAAAGGAUCUUACUAUGUCAACUGUGCAUUUUAUCAGGACCCCGAUUUACAAAAUACGCCGGCUGAGGAUUACCCUGAUUUCCCACAAUAUACGGCGCCAAAUAUAUGGCCACCCACCGACAGACUGCCCACAUUUCGCCAAAGCCUGGUGGAACUGUGUACACUCAUAAUCGAUACCGCAGUUCUUGUUGCCCGAGCUUGCGAUCGCUAUGCCCAAGCUAAUAUCGACGGCUAUACACCAGGCUACCUUGAACAUGUUGUCAAAACCAGUACGACCACCAAGGCGCGGUUACUACACUAUUUCCCGAGUCCUGCAGAAAACAUAGCGAUUGACCAUGUUUCUUCUCAGGAAGAAGAAAAUCAAGAUGACUGGUGCGCGACACAUCUUGAUCACGGGUGCCUCACGGGUCUUACAUCCGCCAUGUUCGUUGACGAAGCAGCAAAUCCUCCGGGUGCAGAUCCUUCCAGAACAUUCCCCCUUCCGGAACUCGGCACAUCUCCAGACUCAAACGCAGGAUUGUAUAUCCGUUCAAGAACAGGUGAAGUUGUCAAAGUGAACAUACCGAAAGAUUGUCUCGCCUUCCAAACCGGAGAAGCACUGGAACUUAUAACCAAGGGCAAGUUCAAGGCGGUGCCGCAUUUUGUUAGAGGUGCGAAAACAACGGGUCAAGCACGAAUUGCGCGGAAUACGUUGGCUGUCUUUACGCAGCCAAAUCUGAGUGAAGAGGUGGAAACGGGAAAGACGUUUGCUGAUUUCGCGAGAGAAGUUGUCGAGAGGAAUCAUUAA